AUGGCGACAUCGAUUGAUAGUCAUUUCGUUGAUAUAACUACGUGUGCAAUUUGUUUGGAGAAACUAAACGUUCCAAAGUAUUUACCAUGCUUGCAUACAUUUUGCGAAAGUUGCAUUCAGACGUAUAUUUCGUCGAAAUUUGAGAAAGGACAUAAGCAAAGUAUUGAAUGUCCGAUAUGCAGGACAAAUGUUAAUACACCGAAUGAAACCUAUUCUUCUGAGGAAUGGGCUAAAGGAUUACCGCUCAAUUUUCUCAUUGCUGGAUUGUUACAGCGGGAAAAGGUACAAAGUCCGCAAAAACAUUGCAUGAUAUGUGAGCGAAUGGAAAAGAUUUCAGAUGCCACUUUCGUAUGUUUUGAUUGCUCCGAUUUGUUGUGUGGUAACUGCUGUAAACAUCACAAGGCGAACAAAUAUACAGUGGACCAUGAAAUCAUUCCAAUUGAACAGCUAACAUCAGACAUUAAUUUAUUAAAAACCUAUAAAAACAAAUGUUCUGAACACAAAGGAAAAGACAUUGAGCUUUAUUGUGUCGAUCACGAUAUUCCCUGUUGUUCGAUGUGUGUAUCGAUCUCUCAUCGCAAGUGUGAGAAAGUUCUAUCUAUUGAGGACGCUGCUCGAGAGUACAACAGAUCAGAGAAGGUGAAGGAUUUGAGAACCCAGCUCGAACAAGUAGAAGAUGAUAUAAAAGAUAUAAUCCAAGACCGCCAGUCUGCUAUGGACAAGUUAGAAAGUCAGUACAAGGAUCAGAAAAUGAAACUUGAUGAUGUUUUCAGGGAUCUUGUUUCUAAAAUAAAUGAUCUCAAAGUUCGAAGAGAAGCAGAACUUCUGAAAAUAUACAAUGAGGCAAAGGAAAAUAUUGAUAUGAUUAAAUUGAUUUUUACAAAUAAAAAGAAAAAUAUAGAAAACGAGAAACAAAUUAUUGACGCAUGCGAGAGUAAAGCAUCCGAUGUUCAGGUCAUGAUAGAAGUCAAGAGAUUAAAGCAACAUCUAGAGGAACAUAAGAACAUGAUACAAAGUAAAGCUGACGAAAUAGUUGAUUAUGAACUUUCUUUACAACAUGAAAAUAUUUCUGAUUUGCUAGCUAGAGCAGAAAGUUCAUGCAAGAUUUCAAUGGACAAGAACAAACCUAUUUUAGAUAUUAGAAAGACAGGAUCUACCAAAUUGUCAGAGAUAUAUAGUUGUAAUCGAUUUGCGUCGAAUUCAUGUUAUUGGAGUGUUAGUGGACAAAACGAUGCUAUAUGUUUUCAAGUGUCUAAAGAAAUAGAACUGUGUGGAAUUUUAUCUUUUGUAUGUAGAGAUGGAUCAUCGACAUGUCAAGUGACCGCUUCAGUUAAUGAUAAUUCAACAGAGCUUGUUGUAGUGUCAAAUACCAUUGACAGUAAAUUAGCCGAGAACAAGCUUGUCCAGAUUGAUUUUCCGAAACCUGUGAAACUAUUAGCUAAUAAGAAGUACCACGCUAUUGUAGCGAUGACAGGUCCGUCAUGUUAUUCUGGCGGAAAUGGACAACUUGUAGUUGACAGUAAUGGUGUACGUUUUACGUUUGAAAAAUCUAAGUUUGAUAAUAAUUAUACAUCUACCAGUGAAGGCCAGAUUCCUGGAUUUUUGUUUAGAAAUCUAUCGUAAAUGUAAUCGUUACUCUUAAACAUUGUUACUCUUAAACAAGAUUUAACAUUUAUUUUCAAUGUGUGAUAUGACGCUGAAUGUAACUCUAGAAUAUAGCCUCACAUUAUUGAUAAUGAAACUCUUUCAAAACAAAUGAUUGUAGAAUAUGUGAUGUAACAUG